GGGAGUGGUCGGUUCUGCGGCAAAGUUUCCGGGGAGAUCCGAACCGCCGGUGGUGAGUUGCUGCGCAGAUGGAAGGUGGCACCGGGAAACGCGCCACUGUCUGACCAGGUUUUACUUGGAGCUGAGCCAUGGCUUUGACCAAAGGGUUUCGAGUGUUUGAUAAGCGGGAGCCCGGUUUCUGCAGCGUGCUGCUGGGCUCCAGGACUCGACAGGAUUGUCUGCUGUUCAAGGCGGGCGCCGUAGCCGUCGUGUCAUCAGUAGAGAAGGAAGUUGUGAAGGAGCGUUAUGAGAAAAUAAUGGAUGCGUAUGGCUGUUUGGGUGUACUUCGAAUUAAGAGUGGUAGCUCAAGACUCUGCUUUCUGGUCAUGGUGACAGGAUGUACAUCAGUUGGGAGAAUCCGUGACACUGACAUUUGUAAGAUUACCACCACAGAUUUUGUUCCUCUUCAAGAAGAAAUGACAGAUGAAGAGCGAAUCACCUCUUUGAGGAAAUUACUAAACUCUGGCACGUUUUACUUUUCAUCUACUGCUGGUUCGACUUUUGAUCUGGAUCUUUGUGCACAGAAGCAAUUUGCAAAGGAUUCUGAGACUGGAAGUUGCUUUUCUGUCUCCAGUCAGUGGGCAAAUAAUGUGGAAAGGAUUGCUGUAUCGAAUACCAACAAAUUAGUGAGGUUAAAGAACCAGAGUUUGCACGUACAUCUCAAGCAGUACCAGGUAAACUGCUCUGACUGGCUACUGAAGGUGAUCUGUGGCGUGGUGGAGAUCCGCACUGCCUAUGCCACAGAAAAGAAGGCCAAGGCUUGUCUGAUAUCGCGGCUCAGCUGUGAACGAGCUGGAACCAGGUUCUACUUACAAGGAACUGAUGAUGAAGGGCAUGUGUCUAACUUCGUUGAAACAGAACAGGUCAUAUACUUGGAUGAUGCAGUGUCUUCCUUUGUUCAGAUACGAGGGUCGGUUCCGUUAUUUUGGGAGCAAACUGGAGUACAGGUUGGCUCUCACCAUCUGCGUCUGACUCGAGGUCUGGAAGCAAAUGCCCCAGCUUUCGACAGGCAUUUGAUGUUGCUGCAAGCACAAUAUGGAAAUCAAGUUAUUGUCAACCUGUUAAAAAUUAAGGGAGGAGAGGAGGUCCUCGGCAGAGCUUAUAAGAAGUUGGUGUGGGCCUCUCUUCAUGCGUCCUGCACACCAAUGAUAAACUUUGACUGCUAUCACUUCUUGAAGAGUGGGAAGGUGGAGAAGCUGCAUUCACUGCUAAAACCUCAGCUAGAGGAACACCUGGAGCGGUUUGGCUUCUUCACCAGUGGAGAGCGUGUCCCUUUUUGUAUUGUGUCAAACUGGAGCAUUCAGACAAAUUGUCUUGAUUGCCUGGCGACCAACAGUGUCCAGUCCUAUGUGGCUUUGGAGGUAAUCAUUUUAUUUAUUGAGAAUGUUGGUAAAGGGAGUAAGUCAGUAGUGGAACGCUUUGUGGAAUUCUACAAGACAAUGUGGUCAGUGAAUGGACAUAAUUUAAGAAAGAUCUUCAUAGGAAAUCGAGCACGAGAAGGAAAAACAAAGGUAAUAUGUGUAAAGGAUGGAGCACGUUCUGUGUCCAGAACAAUCCAAGCUAAUUUCUUUGAUGGAGCUAAACAGGAAGCCAUUGAUUUGCUUCUUAUGGGGGACUUCUACAGUGAGGAUUAUGCAGAAAAAGGCAGGAUUCUUAUGGAGAGCAGUGCACUUGUCACACCUCCUGCAAUUUUGCAAGCAAUGUGUGAACGCCAUACAGAAUACACUAAUUCCAAACGUGCUCACAUCAGCGUGGGUUCCUGGAAUGUAAAUGGUGGUAAGCAGUUCAGAAGCAACAUGCUCAGUAUUGUGGAUCUCAGUAGCUGGUUACUUGAUGGUCUCCAACAGUGUGAAGAACCUAAGUUCCAAAAUAAUGAAAACUACCCACCAGAUAUCUUUGCGGUUGGAUUUCAGGAAAUGGUGGAGCUCAAUGCUGGAAAUAUUGUUAGUGCUAGCACAACGAACAAAAUGUGGUCAGAACAGCUUCAGAAGGCAAUCUCAGAAACACACAAGUACAUCAUGCUGUCUUCAGGGCAACUUGUGGGUGUCUGCCUAUUUAUUUUUGUACGACUCCACCAUGUGCCCUACAUUAGAGAAGUUGCUGUUGAUAGGGUGAAAACUGGGAUGGGAGGAAAAACUGGGAAUAAAGGAGCUGUGGCUAUUCGUUUACAGUUUUACAGCACCACUCUCUGCUUUGUAUGUGCCCACCUGACAGCGGGACAGUCACAAGUGAAAGAAAGGAAUGAAGAUUAUCGUGAAAUCAUGCAGAAACUCAGCUUCCCCAUGGGAAGGAAUGUUUUCUCGCAUGACUAUGUAUUCUGGUGUGGAGAUUCAAACUUCCGCAUUGAUCUUCCACAUGACGAAGUCAUCCAACAUAUUAAGAGACAGGACUGGAAAGCUCUUCGGGCUUAUGACCAGCUACAACAACAGAAGGCCGAUGGCAAGAUUUUUAAAGACUUUUUUGAAGGCAUCAUCACCUUUGCUCCAACAUACAAGUACGACGUGGGAACAGACGUUUAUGACAGUAGUGACAAGUGCCGAACUCCAGCCUGGACUGAUCGGGUGCUGUUUUGGAGGAAAAGUAAAACACCCUGUGAUGUGCCAGAUACAAAUUUAAGAGGGUCUGAUUGUGAAUCAGAAACAAAGAUCAAGAACAGAGAGACUGGCGGAGAUCUGCUGUAUUACGGGAGGGCAGAGCUGACUGCCUCAGAUCACAGGCCUGUGUUAGCUGUCUUUGAAGUGAAUAUUGAGGAAGUGGAUAUUCUUGCACGUGAGCAAAUUCUCGAAGAAGUUACAUCUUCACAGGGACCAUCAGAUGCGACUGUGGUGGUGUGUCUUAAGGCACCAACCAAUGAACCAAAGGAGGAAUUUCCAGAUGACCUAAGCAGUGAAAUAAUUUCGUGCUUUCAGAGUUAUGGCACUGUUGUGUUGGUAAGGUUUGACCGUGGACAAAUGCUGUUGACUUUCCAGGACAGUCGCAUGGCUUUGAAAGUUUUGGAGCUCGAUGGGAUAAAGGUUAAUGGGAGAGUGAUAAGUGUCAGACCUCGAACCAGGAACUGGCUGAAUGACCUACAAGAAGAAAUUAAUAGAAACAGGAACAGUAUUGCCCCAAUGUCUCCAACUGCAAAUUCUUGCCUGCUUGAAGAAAGUUUUGAUUUCAGCAGCCUGGAUUAUGACACUGAAGGAGAUAUAGAUGAAGACUUGGAUGAAACUGUUCCUCAGCACUUGCUGACAGGACAUAGCAUGAACCACAAAACUGCACCAGAAGGAGUUCCUGAACCUGGUGUUAAAGAGGUUGAGUUCUAUUUGUCAAACAGACCACCUCACGCUGAAGUGGAUGAAUCUACCACAAAAAAUGAGGAAUUGGCACCUGGUGAAUUCCGACCGCGAACAGCAAGCAGAUCAUUGUCUGUACCUGACCGACCUCAGCCUCCACAACGACCUCCUCCUCCAACGGUACUAAGUUUGAAGAAAUCUGCGUCUGAUACCUUGCAUCCAUCUGAAGAAAGUUGUUUCCAGGCCAGUACCUGCAAUGCAGUGCAGAAUCUUCCAAUGGCAGUUCAGCCAUCUCUAUCACAAAGAACUGGAAUAAGCAAACCAUAUAAUGUGAAGCAAAUCAAAACAACAUGUGCAGAAGAAGCAGAACAGGCAAUAAAACAUUUAAUGGAACUCAAAUCAGUUCCAGGUCACCUGUCAACCUCUUCUCUUUCAAAACCUCUUGCAUCAAGUCACCAACGUGCUCCAAGUCCAGUCACUGAGCAUCGGAAAGGGCACGUGGCUGCAAACAGUAAGGAACCUGACCCAGGUACACUGACUUCAUCAAGUUCUAACCCAGUGGAACUAUCAACAUCAUUGCCUUUCUUAGAAACUUCAGGAAGGAUCAAGCAGAGAUCUGCUCUGAUAAACUACAAUCCCAAACAAGAGAAGCAGUGUAUCACUGACAGAACUUCACAUGAACUCUGUAAUAACCAAGGCACAAACUCAGAAGACGCAACCACUGCGCCAAUUGCAUCUCCUGAUCCUCAAGAUGAUCACAGUGCCCUCAUAAAGCCAGUGAACAGUAAUACCGCUCACAAUUUCCACCCUGCCUGUGGGUCAGCCCCUACUAGACUGUGCAACACCCAUGUCUCAUUGAGCAAUCGCUGUAAGCUUCUGCAGGGCACAAACCCUUCAGAUUCCAACUGGUUAACAGACAACUCUCAUCUUCUAGGCCAGUCCAAAAAUGAAAACGAACUUCAAACAAACCAAACCCACUUCAACAAAUUCAUAAAUGAUACUGAAAAGAAAGUGCUUGAUCCUGCUACAGCUUUCCAGAAAAGGUCAAACACAACAUAA